UUCCAUUCGGCUACAGUUAUUCUGCUUAGUAUUGCAAGUGCAUGGCGCAGAUAGACGUCGACGAAGAAUCAGUUUCUCUGGAUAUCUUUAAACGUUUGCUAUUUUUUUGGAGGGGGAAUAACGCACACAUUCUGAAAUGAGAGUGUGAGAUGUUAUUACUUCCGAAAGUCUGGAUAACUACCGCUGACACGUUGAUGAUUUCUACGAAAGUGGGUCUGAGGAGAAGCUUGUGCUGCAUUCAUAAACACUUCUUUAGGACUCACAACAACCCCUGAGCGUUGUUUACCCACCCAUUAAACACCCCCUUUUUCCGUGCAUUUGGGAUGACAACGGCUGAAAAGAGUAUGAUAAACAUGGAGGAUCCCGGUGGAGUUGUCAGGCUCCGAGAGGAACACGAAAAGGUGGUGAAGGACUGCGAGCAGCGGAUGCAGCAUUGGGAGAAGCUCUCAGGUGAUUAUGAAGCCCUGAGAGACCGCCUCAAAAAUCUUCCGGAUAAAGUGUCUUAUGACAUCAUGGUGCCAUUCGGCACUUUGGCCUUCAUGCCCGGGAAGCUGGUGCACUCGAACGAGGUCACCGUGUUGCUCGGUGACAACUGGUUUGCAAAGUGUUCUGCCAAGCAGGCUGAGAAACUCGUCGACCACAGGAUGAAGUACGUGAGGAGCGAACUGGAUGGUUUGUCCAAGACAAGGAAAAACUUUGAAGCAAGAGUUGGAAUGGUGAAGGACUGGGAAAACAUCUCAUCCAAAAAGGGGGGCUACAUUGACAUCAGAGAGGAGGUCGGAAAAAACGAGACCACUAAAGGAAAGCAUAGAGUGGCUCACAAACCGCAUUCAAAGGCCAAGCUGGACGCUGUGUUGGAUCUGGAAGAGGAAAGUGAAGAAAGUAGAGAAGAGACCCAACAAAACGGGAGCACAAAGGGCUUUAUGACUCAGGAGGAGUUGUGGGCUCGAUUAGAUGAACUUGAGAAACUGGAGGAUCUGCAAGAUGAACAUGACAGGUUGUCUGACCAUGCAGACCUUGUGAGCGAGGACACGUCGUCGUCAUCUUCUUCGGAGGAGCAGACCGAGACAGACUCCUGUCCUCCGGUGAAUGGACUGCGACCCCAUGGCAGCCCGCUCCCUCGUGAAGUCAUAAAAGAAGACGAUGAGGAAGACAGCAGUUUGCCGACCAUUUAUUUCUCUCACACGGUCGAGCCCAAAAAGGUGAGGAUCAACACAAGCAAGAACACCAUGCUGAAGUUCAGCGAUAGGAAAGAACCGAAGGACAAUUCAAAACGAAAAAAGAAAAACGGUCACCGCACUGGAAACUCUCAUCGUGAAGUUCACAAAAUUCAAACACCUGCAGACAUCUACAGGCUGUAUGUGGAUUUAAGGAAUGGCGCGCCCAUCCCCAAGAAGUCCAUCCUGAAGUCGCGUAGCCGGGAGAACAGCGUGUGCAGUGACACAAGCGAAAGCAGCGCGGCCGACAUCGAAGAACGACGCAUGCUGUGCCGUGGAUUCAGUCACGAUGAGGCCAUGCCCAGUGACAACAGUGCCAGCGACGGCCUUACAGAGGAGGACAGCCCUAUAGGAAUGCCGACGCAUCCCACUGGACGAUUUGAGGCCUUCUCAGGUACUGUCGUGGAAAAAGAGCCAAUGCCCUUGUCUGUUCCCCAUCUGACCAUUGCACCGCCAGCCCUUCCAACCAUCCUGGAGUGGAAACAGGAGGAGGUGGCGCCCGACGCGGCGCCCCCUCCACAGCCUGUUAAACGGGUGUCAAAGUUCAAAGCUGCCAGGAUGCAGCAGAAAUGACACUGUGUGUGUUUUUCUCCCCAACAGUCAGCAUCUUCUCCUUUUCUUUAUAAAUCAUUUAGCAUCAUCGGCUAUAGAUACAAUAUAUACGGUUUAGGUUGGUAUAAAGGCUAGCUAACAAUUUGGUUCCUCUUUUUUGCUAUUGACGGUGUUGUAGGACUGUAAUCUCAGUGUAGCUUGUCAUCAUGUCAACCAAACAACUCAUUUGAACCUGCUUAACGAAUGUACGUAAAGCUUUAAUAUUAUGAUGAGACAAGGGAGGAAGGAAAAGGAAAAUAAAUGAUUUUGCAUACAAGUCAUGCUUUUUAGUAGGAAUUAUCUUUCAAUGUACCUGGCUGGGUCCUUGCUUGGUUCAUAGUGUUUGUCAGGAACUAAAUUGAUGUUACGCCGCAUAGUAAUAGCGUGUCAGUUUUCCUCCCAGUGUAAAUGGUUAUGGUCUGAUAUUGUCAUUACUAGUAAUUGUUCUGAUCCAGAACAGAAUUGUGAGCAAACUUUACAUGAAACCAUAAUAUUCAACAGGAAUAUUUCCUCAAAAGAUAUUAAUAAACACGAUGACAGCAGCAACUGCACAAUUGAAAGACCACUAGGACGGGGGUCGGCAACCCAAAAUGUUGAAAGAGCCAUAUUGGACCAAAAAUACAAAAAAGUCAUCUGUCUGGAGCCACAAAAAAAUUAAAAGACUUAUACAAGUGUUAUAAUGAUGGCGACACAUGAUGUAAGUGUCUAUAUUAGCUAUAUUAGCCUAUGAAAAUGACUUUAACAGUCUUAUAUAAGUGUAAAGUAACUGAUUAGCUAUAUUAGCCUACUAUCAAAAUGACUGCGUCGCACACUAACGCAAAACUUCGUUGACAGACAUGUUGAAAUAUAAUAUUUAUUCUACACAUUUUUACAACAUUGGAAAACAUUAGUAAAACCCUCAGAGGGUGAGAUAACUCCUGGAAAUUACUGUUUUAGAAUGGCCAAAGGUAUAGAUGUGUGUGUCCAAGUUAAAGGAAAUGACAAGCUGUCUUCUUCUAAUGGAUUUAUUACAAUCUUUGCAAGCCGGGUAACGUUUGCUGUGGUCUGGAACAACAUGGCAUACUAACAACUAUCAGAAAUGCAGUCAAUAUUACAUAUUGAUAAUAUGUCAUGAGACAUGCAAAUAUAAAUUAAAUACACAGAGGUAUACAGAGGUAGAAAUUAAAUAUACCUACAAAUGAGGCAUAAAUAUGUACAUACAGCUAACCUAAAUAGGAUGUUAGCAUCGAUUAACUUGCAGUCAUGCACUGACCAAAUAUGCCUGAUUAGCACUCCCAACAAGUCAAUAACAUCAACAAAGCUCACCCUUGUGCAUUCACGCACAGUAUACAACAUUUGGUGGACAAAAUGAGACAAAGAAGGAGUGGCAUCAAACACGUCUAUCUGUGGCAGCGUCGGAGAAAGUGACACAUGUAAACAAACUGUUGAGUCACAGUCCACACAAUGGUGAGUUCAAGGGCCGUUGAAAUUAGUAGGACAAAACGACGAUCGCCAAAUACUCUCAUCAGUGAAGCAUGAAUACAAACAUAUUAAACAGUGGGGCUUUCUAACAAUUAGGAAGGCUUGUGUCGUGUUUGUCUUCCUACAGAAACCAUAUUAAAACAAAAAACAUUUUUCACCCCAUUUUUUUGCCAUUUCCAUACAUAUUUGAAUGGAAGAGCCGCAUGUGGCUUUAGAGGCACGGGUUG